UGAAGAUCAGCAGCACGUUGACCCUGUCUCGGGAAUACCUCUUCCUCAUUUGACAUUCAUCAUGCAACACAUUCUUCCAGUUGAAAUGUUUUUUAUAAGCAGUUUUGUUGAGGGACAUCUGUUCCAACGAAAAGGAGUCUUUUGCCAUUUCUUGGGUUCGUUUCAAGACGAAACAGAAAUUUUUCUGCGAGAUAUUUCGUGGAAACAGAAAUCAAACGACUCGAUGAACAUGAGAAUUAGUUCUAAAAUACCAAGAAUAGCUGUUCUAAGCUUAGAAAAAGAAGUGAUUUAUGAAAGGGGAAUGCAAACUUGGGAACCAAUGCCAGGUCAUUUAUAUGUCGACUGUUCAGAAACACUUCCUGGAUAUUGUAGAUUGAAACUCCCUUCCUUAGACUCAAUUAACAAUAAUGACGCCGUUGUAAGACUUGGCUCAAAUUUAUUCCAAAAACAAAUUGCAGUUCCGGACAGGUUACAUUCGAAAAUUAAUAUGGGGUUUCCAUAUCAAAUUCAAUGUACUGGAGUGCGCUGUUUCACGUUUCCAUUUUAUCAUCGUUGGAAAAAGGAAAGACAAUCAGGAUUUCCUUCCCAUAAUGUGAUUAGUUCUAUCGUUGAGGCAGGUUGCACCUUGAUUCCAAAAUCUCACCCAAAAAGUAUUAGUCCAGAAAUUGAAUGGAAAUUUGAUUUUUCUAUGGCAGAAUGCAUUAUCUCUAAGAGUCUGACGAAUGCACAAAGGCACGGCUUCUAUGUUUUAAAGGUUAUGCUAGAUAACAUUGUACAUCAUUUACCUUUCAAAACAAAGCAUUUGAAGUCCGUUUUCCUUAUGACAUGCGAAGAAAUUCCACCUACAGCCUGGGCGAAAAAUUUCAGUGGUUGCGUAUUGUACGUAUUGGAUUCUUUGGUGACUUGCUUAAAAGAGAGAUUUCUUCCACAUUACUUUAUACCAGAAAACAAUCUUUUGGACUGCUUUACGGACGAUGAUGUCAACACAUUAUGUAUCAUUAUUAAAUAUAUUCGUAUUUUUCCUGCAAGUGUUAUUCAAAUUGUUGGCGAAAAACAUGGUUACAAAUUUGCAGCUAACUUAAUUAAGCGCCUUCUAUCACAUGUUAAAGACUUUAACGCAAACAAAAACUUCAAUGUAUUCGUGAUGGAAUUAUGUUUACCUCUUACAGUGGCUACAGCAAAAUUUAUGGCCAGAAAAGGGUUCUAUGGUGAAUCCUUUAGCAUUCUUAAACGCGGAUUAGAGCAAAGACUUUUUGUACCUGAUACAAAUAAGAAACAAGAAAGUUUAAGCGUUAGUAACCUUUUUGAAUCGGUCUUAGAAAAAAUUAAACAAAAAUCGUCUCGCGUUAUUCUAGCAAGCAUAUAUGAUGAAAACAUGGGGAAGAAUGUAUCGGAAUCAAUCAUCAAAAAGAAAGGUUUUGCACUGCAAACAUAUUUGCCCUGGGCGGUUGACCAUUGGAUUGGCUGGUUAAAAAUUCCAGAAAAGAGCAUUGGCCAUUUUACAGCAAUAGCAAGUUUUCUGUAUGAUUACAGCAAAAAAGAGUAUUGGAAGCAAAACUCAGUUCUUUCUGAACUAACAAUAACAACAGCAAUUAGGUGCAUAAAAGAACUUUUGACAGAAGACUAUUUAAAAGUGGAGACUUUUGACAGUGGUUCGAAAGAAGUACGAUCCCAAAUGCAGAAUAUUAGAAAAACGCUAAUCCCAUACUACAGCCAUGUGUUUGCCGUAGCUAGCUUAGACCGUAACAUUAAUCUUUAAGGAAGUACAUCGACGAGAUCGAGAACAUAUGCAAAGACUUUCCUGAACUUUCGAGCAUUGUUAGCGUUAUGUUUCAAAUAUUAGGACAACCCGAAAAAUGUCAAAAGUAUGCAAG